AUCUUCACGGCCGUCAACAUGAUGCCCGCGUCGUCUUCCGCCUGGCCCGGAGAGGAGCGACCGUCUCUGCUGGACGAGGCCGAGCUGAGCCAAGUGUCGGUGGGCACGCCGUGCCCGUCACUGGGAGCGGGCGAGCAGCUCCUGUGUGGCGGCGGCAGCCCGGCCAGCGCCGGACCCCGGACCCCCAAGUCCAAAGGCGAGCUGGUCAUCGUCAUCAACGAGAAGCUUAAAAGCAGUAACGGGGUCCUCGCGGGGGACGGCUCCUCGCCCGUGGUGUCGUCGCCGCCCCGCCGCCAGCACUCCAUCUCGUACCCGCACCGCGCCAAGACCAGGAAGGGCAGCCGGGCGGGCUCCAUCGGCUACACGGCCUUCUCGCCCAGGCCCUCGCUGUCCCGCCACUCCAGCAUCGCCACCGAGCCGCCAUUGGACCGCACCAAGGUGAAGGACUACCUCCUGCUGUCCGUGCUGGCCUGCUUCUGCCCCGUGUGGCCCAUCAACAUCGUGGGAUUCGUCUACUCCAUCAUGUCCAAGAACAGCCUGGAGCAAGGGAACCUGGACGGCGCCGUGCGUCUGGGCCGCGUGGCCAAGAUGCUGUCGCUGGUGUCGCUGGUGGGGGGGACGCUCAUCAUCAUCGCCUGCAUUGUCAACCUGGCCAGGCCAAAAACAUUCCGGAAUCUUCUCAACGCUGCCGCCUUUGAAGCACUGUGACUUGGAAAUGUAGCAACGGACAAAUCAUUAGGUACACCCGCACCGUUCCCGACUACCGGUACACGCUUUGUCCUCACUAAUGUGAACGUUCGGAAAACUAGUAGAGCGCCUGUGUCUUACUAGUAUCAUUUGUGACGUUUCCUCACAAGUAGGAGAAAUUUGACAUUAAAGGAGUUACUAGUGUGGCAAAACUGUGCACUAGCUGACUCUGAGCUCUGCUAGCACCACACUAGAUGGAAACUAGUUGAAUUUUCCAAUGUGACUAGUAGUACUAGUCAUGUAUGUACAGUUGUCAAUUAGUGCACAUUUUUGCGUCACUACUAGUAACAUAUGUGCUACUAGUAUAUCGAAGUUGUUCUACUAGAGAGGGCAAAGAGCAUAAUAGUACAUGAACCGUAAUUUACGAUAUCCAUAAAUGAUUUUUUUGAAAGACCUUUAAAUGUUCUUUGGGUGUGCUGUCAUUCUGGUAGUACGCAAAAUUUUCUUCCUUGUCAACCAAAAGCAUGAAUUAUUGGACAGCAUUUUAUUAGAUGUCAUGAGUUUAUGCGGGUGUACCUAACGAAGUGACCAGUGAGCGUGCUUUAAUGUUGAAAUUUAUCGGACACAGGUUAUCUUUUUUGUAAUAUUUGUAAAAGAUCUUUUGUGUGCGCGUACGCGUGUUUAUAAAGGUUGUCGGCCAUACCGUGCGUACUCGUUAGCGUAAACGAAGGCGCCGCUGACUCCGGUCCGAGCGGCGGAUGGACCUUCUGCUGCCGCUCGGUCACGCGGUCGCUUAAUCUAUGUGAAAUCGUUUCUAUGUGCAGAGUGCAUCUCAACGAAUUCAAAUAUGGUGGAAAACGUCAUUUGUCUCACCGGAGUUCAAAUUGAACUUCAAGCACGUGGGAAAAUGUCAAGUUUUUAGGGUCAAUCCUAAAAAAAAAAAAAACCCCACCCAAAAAAAAAUGUUAAGAACUGCCUCGAGAUGACACAAGAUGGCAGCACAUCUCUUCCCCCCCCCUCCUAUUGGACAAGGCUAUGGCCUGGCAAAAUGAAGUUCCUGCCUUUCUUUCAACAAUGUUCCUCAGGCACAAGAUGGCACCAAAGCUAUAUUUUUAGGUUAGACAUGGCUUUGGCCCAGGCAGAAAAACAGCCAAUAGGUGAGUUUUCAUCAAACAAUGGACAAAUGCCUAUGCGCAAAACCUGCAGCGGUUCAAGUUCUUUCCUUCAAGUGACUGGAUGUGAUUU